AUGUCUGAGGUUCCUGAAGUCUCAAAAAAUCUAAGUAGUGAACCAGUUGGUGGAUAUAUCGUUCCUGCUGUUAUUCCAGGAAAUGAUGAAAAUUUGAAUAUGGAUGCGGAAGAUAGCCUUCCCGCACCAUCAUUUUCAAUGCACCAUUUUACUGGUUUCAGUAAUGCUCCAUUUGUUGCAUCUUCACCUUUCACUUCAAAAUUGCGAUCAUUUGAGCAGCGUGAAAUUCAGCCCAAUGAACGCGAUGUUGAUGUCGAUUUUUUCUCACAUUUAUUGGUCUUUUACAUGGUUAAGGCAGAUUGGGCAAAAGCGCGUCAAUGCCGUCUCCGCGCCGAAGCAUCGAUAUCAAGUAUCCACUUAAAUACACUCAUGCUUAUUUGUCAUCAUCUGGAGGACGGUGAUACUGGAGCUGCUCUUCAUUUGAUCAAGAAUUCACAUUUUGAUAAUCCGAUCAAAGAGCUGAUAAUGGAAGUGCACAAACGAACCACUUUAUCAGUGUUGCAAUUGGUUGAACAUACUUAUAUUAAUAUUGAAGCAAAGAAAUUAGCUGAAAUGCUUGCUGCUGAAUCGAAUAACGAGUUACAGAAGGUUGUUAGUAUAGAAGAUAUGCGUAUUGAUUUAAGUUAUUCAACUGGCAAGUUUUUGAUUCUGAAUCGUAUAGGUUGGCAAUUGGAGGAUGGUUAUGUGGUGCCAAAGAUGACAAUCCAAUUAAAUCGUAAGAUUAAAAAACUAGAUGAUUCGCCAUUUGGACCGAUCCCUGCAGCAUUUCAUAAAGUAACAUGUGGAAUGGUCAAAAGCUCUGUUGAUAUUAAUACGCUUAUUCAGUAUGCUACAUUCUUAGAAAUCAAUACUUAG